CUAAAGGGAAAUAUGGUGUGUGAAGCCUGUGCUGUGUACUACUGAGUGUUUGACUGACUGACUUGUCUUUUCCAAAGAAAACUUCCUGCGGCUCAGAUGGAAUCAAGUUUGCCAAAGUACAUAAAUCAUAAAGAAGAAUUCUUAGUAACGAGUGUUGACAAAUUAAAGAGCAAAUCGAUGCAAACAGAGAUAAACUUACAGAGUCCUGAGGAUCAGCUAUCGAGUGACAGCUCUAGUGAGCCUUCCUACAGUAGAGUUCCUUUGGGGCUUACCUUGGAAGAUCUUGAGCAGCCUUCUCAUUCUGAAGAGAGAGAGAUCCCGCUUAGCAGCAGGCGUAAAAAAAUGUCCGUGAAAAAUGGCGAAUCCCUCAGAAGAUCCAGAGAUAAGUUUUUAACUUUGCCUACUGAGGUGUUGAGAAAUAUAGAACAAGAAAACAAGGAAUUAAGAGACAAACUGAGUUCUCUUCAGGAAAGAAAUGCGUCACUUGUUUCCCAGAACCAGUUAUUAGUGAACAAAGUGGAGAUUGUACAAUCAGAGCUGAAGAAGUCUAAAUCAAGAGUUCGUUUAUUUGAAACUGCUUUGGGCCCUCGUACAUCAAGAAUUCCUGAGCUUGAGGAGCAUGUUGUAAGUUUGGAAGCUGAAGUUGAGUACAUGCAUAAGUCGUUUGCCUUACGCCUGAGUUUUUCCUGUGGGGUAAAGGGUCCUCUUAUAAAGCCAAGUUCCAUUGGGAUUGAUGAUGACUUGGUGGUAGAUUUGGAUGGCACCGUGGGAGUGUUGAAUCUAAAGUCAGAGAGGAGCAGUGGACAGGAGAGGCAAUACUGUAUCGAGAGCAAAAAUUCCGAACUGAUUUCUGUUCUUACCCCAAUCAAUCAGAGGAUUCUUAAACUCGAGAGUGUACUUGAAAAUAAAGAAAAAGUCCUUAAGGAAAACCUUGAAGCUUUAUACGUGAAAAUACAGAUUGAGAAUUCUUGUACAACCAACAGACAGGAGUGGAACUGGAAAUUUUGGAUCAAAAUUUGGAGGAAACUGUCAGUAAAAGAAGCAGAAAACAAAGAGCUUCAAGCCAAGUUAUCAACAAAUAAUGAUGGCGUUGAUCAACAUGAAAGAGAUCAUUUGUUAUCGUUGCAAGAAGAACCUGUGAAAUUGAUGCCAAAUGUAACCGAGGAGGAGAAAUCCUUACAACUGGAAGCUGUUUGCAAACAGUUACAAACUGAGAGAGAAAAUCUGACUCAUCGUUUAAAAGAUCUAGAGGGGAAGCUGAAUAAAGCGCAAACCGAAGUCGCCAACGCCAAGAUCUCUAUGGCCCAGAGAACCAGCCAGUUUCAGGCUAUACAAAACGAACUGCUGGAAAAAGCUUCAAAAACCGCCGGUCUACAGCAAGACAUUACAAGAAAAUCUUUGAAGAUCACAACUCUGCAAAAGCAGCUGCAAGAAAUAACGAACGAACAUUCCGCUUGCGCUGCGAGAACUUCAGAUCUGGAGCAGGAGCUCACGGAUUGUAAAGAACAAAUAAUACACUUAGAGCAAAACAUCAGCAAAGAGCACGAGGAGGUUCUGCUGGCAUUUGAGAAAUCCAAACUCAUUCACCAGGACCAACACGGGGAGCUCAGGAAGCAGAUUGAAUAUUUUCAGUGUCAAAUGGAUAUGAAGAAUAUGCAAAUAUCUGAACAAGACAAUACUAUAAAAUCUCUGCAACAUGACAACUUAUUAAAGCAGCAACAGCUUGAAUCCCUGGAUCAGAUGCUAUCAGGAACUAAAAUGGAAAUGGAUCUUCAAGCUAAAACCACACAUGAUGUAAUAAGAAAACUGGAAACCCAAGUUGAAGAAGAAACCAUGAAGGUAAGGCUCCUUGAAUCUGCCUUAGCCGUAUGUAAGGAAGAACUGGAGUUGUAUUUGCAACAAUCGGAAGAUAACAGAGAGGCCUUUGAAAACCAAGUCAAGAAGAAGUCUGAAGAGGUACAGUGUUUGAAGGAGGAAUUGAAAUUAAGAACUCUGAGUUAUCAGGAAACCAGUGAAGAAAACUUACGCUUGCAGCAAACUCUCCAACAGCAGCAGCAGAUGCUGCUACAGGCAACAGCACGAAUCGGAGAUCUGGAAGAUACCCAGGCAGAGCUAGAGAAACAGUUAUUUAGGUUGGAACACAAAGUUCAGAAGGAAAGAUCUGCUUCAGAAGAAGAUAAGCGGAGGACGGAAGAGAAGCUCAGUGCGGCUCGCCAGGAACUGGAUUCCAAGACGCAACAAGUUCAUGAGCUUAGCAGCACUAUAAGUCAGUUGAGAUCUGAGCUGAACCAGUACAAAGACAAACUGGCCCAAAUGGAGGAGAAGAUAAAUUCUCAGAAACGUGACGGAGAAACAAAGUCCAGGGAACUGAACCACUUGGAGAUGACUUUACAACACAAACAAGCAGAGCUAGAGAAGAAAACACAAUGCAUAGGUGAGUUAGAAGAGAAAUUGCUCUUGGCUGAGAAGGAUGCUAGGAGAAGUGAAGAACUGGAGUCUGAGCUACGCACCAUGCAAGAGGAGUUACAGGAUUGUAAAACACAUGUGAAGGAAUUGCAGGAGAUGCUCACUCACGCUAACUUAUCUCUAGAGGAGAAGAAAGUGAUCAUACAGGAUCUCACGGAGGAGCUUAGAACAUGUAGGAGUGAACUGGAUGACAGAGACCAUGAAUUACUUGACAUGGACCAGGCACUAAAGGACAGAAACUGGGAACUGCAGCAAAGAGCUUCACAGCUGAACCAACUCGACAUGUCUAUUCGGGAACACAAGGAAGAAAUGGACACAAAAUUACUCAGACUGGAAAGUGCUUUGGAGAAAUCUCAGCUGGAGCAAAAAGAACAUAUUGCCCAGAUCACAUCUUUGGAUGAAAAAUUACAGUUAGCAAGAGAGAAGCUUUGUGAAAAAGAUUUUGAUUUGCUACAAAAAGAUCAAACUAUAAAUCAGCUAAAAAAGGACAUGGAGAGAACACAGCUUAUUAUGUCCGAUAUGGAAAAAUCUAUUAAAGAACAGGAGACGCACAUCACAGAGCAACAGCAAGAGAGAAUGGAUUUAAGCCAGCAAGUAAGGCUUGCGCGAGAACAAAUGCAGUUCACCCACCUACAGCUGAAUGAGACCCGACAGCAGCUCGCUGAAGCGCAACAAGAAUCGCAAAGACUUGCCCGCAAACUGGAAGAAACCACCGUGCAUUCUAGACAAAUGCAAGAGCAAAUGAAAGUGCAGUUAGAAGAAGCGCAACAUUCCAUUUGCAGUUUGAAGACAGAACUUCAGGCCAGGAACGAGGUUAUCAAAGCAACUAACGAAGUGCUUUUUCUAAAGGAAUCUGAAUUAACAAGGUUAAAAACCCGUAUAUCCGGCUAUGAGAGAACAAUAACCCUCAUGCAGCAGCAAAAUUCAACGGCUUUUACUGAACAUAAUUCAAUGGAUUCAAGUAAACAUUACCAAAUGUCGGAUUCUAAAGCAUUUGGGAUACGUAGAUCUGUAAGCACUAGUGACAUAAGCUUGAAUGACAUCAGUUCAUUGGAUCUACCGAAGAGCAUGAUGGAGGAUUUAAGGAAUAUGCUUCUGCCGGAUUCCACACCAAUGAAAAGCGCAGAAGACAAGUUUUCUUGUUUGUCAUCAGACAGUUUCAAUGACUCUUCAUUCAACCCUCUUUCAUAUGCGGUAGACGAAAACUGUGAUGUAGCCUCCGAUUCCACAGACUUAGAUACACUCAGUGGGAUGCUUAAAUAUAUAAAGAAAGAAAUGAAAAUAUCUGAAACCUCCAAUGCACACAGCACAGGCCAAGGAUACGUAGGCUGAGAAUAGACGCCAAGAAUAGCAGGGGCAAAACCACUUGAACCUGAGUUGGAUAUCAGCAUUAAGAAAAUGAAAACAAAUCUUUGUAUUUUUAUAAAUUUGUUGUAAUUUAUUUGUAUAACUGUUUAUUAUUUAUUAGUAUUGGUUUAAAAAUGCUUUUUAUAUUUAUUACAUGUGCAGCCAAACAAUAUUUAUAAAGUGGAGAUCAUAAAAUAAAGUUUAUUUUAUUAUUUGUAA